GUGAAGGCUUUUAGUGUGUGUUUUGGUUCCUGCUGAUUGGCUUACACGUACCAAGCCCUUAUUGUUAAUCAGUAUAAACUUACAAUGGGCUUGCAGGUUAGCCGUCUCUGCUGGGAGUGCGGUGGGUUGUUAACCCUCUCCUUGCCUGGCUGCAUCUUAAAUGAGCUGAGGGAUUUUCUUUCAGUGGCUGUAGAUUCUUGAAAUGCCUCGCUUGCCUUCGGAAUAGUUUUAGCAAGUGCAUUUACCCUCCCACUGCAGUCUGUGAUUAUUUAGACUUAGACCUCAAGCUUGCAUUACAGCGUGUGCGCCACUUUAGGAUGUAGACUGCCAGCUGCAAUGUUCUAAACGACGAGAAUGAAUGAGGAUUGCAGGGUUUGGAUUGUCCAAGCAUGAGCGGUUUUCAGGUGGAUGAUUUUAUUGCAGGCUGGGUAGGAGGGGCAGCCAGCGUGAUUGUAGGACAUCCCCUUGACACUGUAAAGACACAUUUACAAGCUGGCCAUGGGUACAGGAAUACACUUCAUUGUAUUCUGACAAUCUACAGAAAUGAAAAUGCUACAGGAUUCUUCAAAGGAAUGUCCUUCCCACUGGCCAGCAUUGCUGUUUACAACUCUGUGGUGUUUGGUAUAUUCAGUAAUGUGCAAAGACUCAUCACUCAGUAUCGGUGUGGACAAGAGAAGGCUGUGCCUACACUUUCUGAUGUGGCAUUUGCUAGCAUGGUUACUGGGUUAAUCUCUGUUGGAAUUGGUUGUCCUGUGGAUUUGGUGAAGAUCAGACUACAGAUGCAGACAGCUCCAACUUUUCAAGCUAAUGUCAACCUGGCCAGUGGUGGAGCCAGUCAUAAAAAUAUUUUGUCCAGUCAAACUGUAUACAGAGGUCCAAUUGACUGUAUCCGUAGUGUCCUGAGGAAGGAAGGCAUUUGUGGAAUGUAUCGUGGAGCUGGAGCAAUGAUUUUCAGGGAUGUACCUGGAUAUUGCCUGUACUUUAUCCCAUAUUCCCUGCUGUGCUAUUGGUUUACUCCAGAAGAUCACAGUACACCAAGUGCUUUAUCUGUGUGGCUGGCAGGAGGCAUCUCAGGAGCCAUUUCUUGGGGGACAGCGACUCCAAUGGAUGUUGUUAAAAGUCGACUGCAAUCAGAUGGGGUUUGCCAGAAUAAAUAUAAUGGUGUGAAGGACUGCAUCAUCAAGAGUUACCAUAAUGAAGGCAUGCAAAGUGUAUGUCAGACUAAUUCAGGACUUGUUUUGCAUUAA